CGCUCGCUAGAAAAGAGCACCGUAGAGAAGUGUAAAACUUAAAACCCUAGUUACACACAGUACCAUACAAACCUACAUUCUUCUCUUUGCUCUCUCUUUUAAUUUUUCUCGUCUCUUUCUCUCUCUGUAUCUACAAAUCUCGCUACUCACAAUGUCUACUAUGAUGCAACCUCAGAUUAUCUUGCUGAAAGAAGGGACUGAUACGUCGCAAGGGAAGGCUCAGUUAGUGAGCAACAUAAAUGCGUGUGGGGCUGUUGCUGAUGUGGUUCGGACUACUCUUGGACCAAGGGGUAUGGACAAGCUGAUUCACGAUGAUAAGGGAAAUACCACUAUUUCUAAUGAUGGUGCCACGAUUAUGAAGCUUCUUGAUAUAGUCCAUCCUGCAGCUAAGAUCCUUGUGGAUAUUGCCAAGUCACAAGACUCUGAGGUUGGUGACGGAACAACUACAGUGGUUCUGCUUGCAGGGGAAUUCUUAAAGGAGGCAAAGCCUUUUAUUGAAGAUGGUGUGCACCCACAAAACCUCAUCCGGAGCUAUAGGACUGCUUCCUAUUUGGCAAUCGAGAAGAUCAAAGAAUUAGCUGUUAGCAUAGAGGGAAAAAGCUUAGACGAAAAGAGAAGUCUAUUAGCUAAAUGUGCUGCUACAACUCUCUCGUCGAAGCUUAUAGGCGGAGAGAAAGAGUUCUUUGCAUCUAUGGUUGUUGAUUCUGUCCUUGCUAUUGGAAAUGAUGAUAGGCUAAACAUGAUCGGAAUAAAGAAGGUUCCUGGGGGUACAAUGCGCGACUCUUUCCUUGUAAAUGGUGUUGCCUUCAAGAAGACAUUUUCAUAUGCCGGUUUUGAACAGCAACCGAAGAAAUUUGAAAAUCCCGAGAUACUACUACUUAACAUUGAAUUAGAGCUGAAAUCAGAAAAAGAAAAUGCAGAGAUAAGGCUAUCAGAUCCAUUGCAGUAUCAGUCGAUUGUUGAUGCAGAAUGGAAUAUCAUUUAUGAUAAACUGGAUAAAUGUGUGAAGAGUGGAGCCAAAAUUGUUCUUUCUCGUCUGGCUAUUGGUGAUCUAGGAACUCAGUAUUUUGCAGAUCGAGAUAUUUUUUGUGCUGGCCGUGUCGCUGAAGAGGAUUUGCAAAGGGUUGCAGCAGCUACAGGUGGAACUGUUCAGACAUCAGUUAACAAUGUCAUUGAUGAGGUUCUUGGAACUUGUGAGAUUUUUGAGGAGAAACAAGUUGGAAAUGAGCGCUUCAAUAUAUUUAGUGGAUGCCCCUCAGGCCAGACAGCCACUAUAGUUCUCCGCGGGGGAGCUGAUCAAUUCAUCGAGGAAGCAGAGCGCAGCUUACAUGAUGCAAUUAUGAUAGUUCGGAGGGCUAUGAAGAACUCUACUGUAGUUGCUGGUGGGGGUGCUAUUGAUAUGGAGAUAAGCAGAUACUUGAGGCAACAUUCACGCACAAUAGCUGGAAAGUCCCAACUAUUUAUAAACUCCUAUGCAAAAGCUCUUGAGGUUAUCCCACGGCAGCUUUGUGACAAUGCGGGAUUUGAUGCAACUGAUGUGCUGAACAAUCUGAGACAGAAACAUGCGCUAACAUCAGGUGAGGGUGCACUUUAUGGUGUAGAUAUCAACACCGGUGGGAUUGCUGAUUCGUACGCAAAUUUUGUGUGGGAACCAGCAGUUGUAAAGAUCAAUGCUAUUAAUGCAGCUACAGAGGCAGCUUGUCUUAUCUUGAGUGUGGAUGAGACGGUAAAGAACCCGAAGUCUGAGAGUGCACAGGGCGAAGCUGCUGCAGGUGCAAUGGGCAGAGGGCGUGGAGGUGGUCGUGGUAGAGGAAUGCGUAGGCGAUAGGCUAUAUAGAAAUUAGGUGUAUUCUUACGCAAUUAAUGGGUGGUUCACUUAUUGGGGGUUUUUAGGCAUGAUCAACCGUCUUCAUUUUUCUCUUCAUUUGCCCUUUGUAACUAAACUAUAGAUUUAAGGUUGUACUUCUUAUAUUGUGACUUUGCCCCUAGUGGUGCAAUUUUGGUUUAAAAUGCUCUAAUAUUUGUAUGGCCUGUGCCGAUUUUGACUAAAAGAGUGAAACUUCACAUUAUGCCGA